AUGUAUCAUUUAGCAAAGGGAUUGUAUCGAUAUGCCACUAGUAAAGAGGAAUACUCCGUUCUCCUCCUCGGCCUUGAUAAUGCUGGCAAAACUACUCUCCACACCCAAAUCAAAUCUCUAUAUUCCCCUCACAACCCCGCUCCUGCCGAUCCCUCACAGUUAAAAACAGUACCCACCGUCGGUCAGAAUGUCUCCACCAUCGACCUUCCAGAUAUGUAUCUGAAGAUUUGGGAUAUAGGAGGUCAACAUUCUCUUCGAAAACUAUGGCAAUCUUACUAUACCAGUUGCCACGCCAUCGUCUUUAUAAUUGAUAGUACCGAUAUUGGGUCUGGGGAUCUCGCUGAUUUGGACUCUGAUACCGGGGAUAAAGAUGUAGGGAGAUUAGAAGAGUGUAAAUUGGUAUUGGAAGAUGUGUUGAAAAGUGUGGAGACGGAAGGAGUGCCAGUGUUGGUUCUAGCAAAUAAACAGGACAGGGAGGAUUGUGUGGAAGUUGUGAGGAUUAAAGAGGGUUUAGUAAAGAGAGUGUUUGAGGGGGAGGGAGGCGGUGCGAUUAGAGACAGUAGGGUUUUACCAAUUAGCGCGUUAGGUGGAACGGGUGUUAGGGAGGCGGUAGAAUGGGUGAGAAGUAGAGUUGUUUGGAAUAGGGAGGGGAGGCCACCUGUUAUGCGGUAG